UGGGGGCGGGUGGGAGAGGAACUGCCCCAGACCUCCUGUGUCUCCUGAAGGUUGAGAAGAUGACUAAGCUGGAGGACCAUCUGGAGGGGAUCAUCAAUGUCUUCCACCAGUAUUCAGUCCGAGUGGGGCAUUUUGACAAACUUUCCAGGGGUGAGAUGAAGCAGCUGAUUACAAGGGAACUUCCAAACACCCUCAAGAACACCAAAGAUCAAGCUACCAUUGACAAAAUAUUCCAAAACCUGGAUGCUGAUAAAGAUGGACAGGUCGACUUUGGGGAAUUUGUAUCUCUCAUAGUCAGUGUGCUAGUGACUGCCCAUGAUGAUAUCCACAAAGAAUAGGAAGCUCUGAGGGGCUUUUCUCAAACAAAGUCCCCAAGAAGACCUCUCCUUGUAAUCACUGAAGCCCAGCUCUGCACACUGGAAGUGAGAGUUAAUAAAUGUGUUCUCGAAAAGUUCUUAAUAGUGUGC